AUGUAUAACCACAACCAGCGACUGAUGCGUUGGGCCCUGUUGGCGCAAGGUUACAACCUUGAGAUUAAACAGAAGAAGGGGACCGACAAUGUGGUGGCUGAUGCCCUGUCCCGUGCCACCGGCAAUCAGGUGGAUUGUCUCAAAGCUGCAGAGGGGUAUUCCAGAAAGCGGGCCUACAUUCUGCUGCGGCCUCAGAGUGGGGUCAGUAGCUUAAUUAGCUGUCAUUUUGCAGGCCUUCCAAAUGUGAUAGGGUGCAUAGAUGGGACACAAAUCCCCAUUACUGCACCUACACAAAAUGAAGGGGACUAUGUGAAUCGAAAAUCCUUUCACAGCAUCAAUGUCCAGAUCAUAUGUGAUGCAACUUCACUAAUUACAAAUGUAGAAGCCAAGUGGCCUGGCUCAGUUCAUGAUUCCCGGAUCUACCGGGAGUGUAGUCUGAGCAACAGAUUUGCACGUGGAGAGUUUGAUGGCUACCUGCUGGGAGAUCGAGGCUAUCCAUGCCAGCCCUCUCUGUUGACCCCUUACCCUGACCCUGAGCCGGGGCCCCAACAACGUUUUAAUGUGGCCCACUGCAGGACUAGAGCCCGGGUUGAGAUGACCAUAGGCAUACUCAAAUCCCGGUUCCAGUGCCUGCGUAAGCUCAGGGUCACCCCAGAGAGGGCAUGUGACAUCAUUGUGGCAUGUGUUGUUCUCCAUAAUAUUGCAAUUAUUAGAGGAGAGCAACACCCUGCCGUACAAAUCAAUGACGCUGAGGAUGACCAUCCCAUCCCUGCAGAUGUUCAGGAUGGAAGGGCUGUAAGGGACCUAAUUGCCCGAAAUCACUUUUGA